AUGGCGGUGGCUCUGGAUGAAGUGUGGGGGCGGGUGAAGAAUGUCUGCAAGCAGAACGGACUGCUCAUCCUGUCUGUGCUGGCCGUGGUCAUUGGCUGCCUGCUGGGCUUCUUCCUCAGAGGCAAGCAGCUCUCCGAGCAGGAAGUGAAAUAUUUCCAGUUUCCGGGAGAGCUGCUGAUGAGGAUGUUGAAAAUGUUAAUUUUGCCCCUUGUUGUGUCUAGUUUGAUGUCAGGUCUUGCUGCCCUGGACGCCAAGUGCUCCAGCCGGCUGGGCAUCAUGACCAUCUCCUACUACCUCUGGACCACCUUUGUUGCCGUGGUAGUGGGCAUCGUCAUGGUGUACAUCAUCCACCCAGGUGGUGCUGCUCAGAAGGAGGACUCUGAGGACAGCAAGAAGCCUAUGACCAGCUCUGCUGAUGCUCUGCUGGAUCUCAUUCGCAACAUGUUUCCAGCCAACCUGGUUCAAGCUACAUUUCAACAGUAUCGAACCCAGAGAGUCCCAGAGCUCAUCCCCAAACCAACGGUGGCUCAGCUCUUGGAUGAGACCACCACGCGUAGGGUCUACAUCUACGGCAUCCAAGAUGACAACGGCACAGAUGUCCAGAACUUCUCCCUGGACCUCACACCACCACCUGACGUCAUCAUGAAAACAUCACCUGGCACCAGCGAAGGCAUGAAUGUGCUGGGGAUUGUUAUUUUCUCUGCAACUAUGGGAAUAAUGUUGGGAAGAAUGGGACCCAAUGGAAGCGCUUUGGUCAACUUCUGCCAGAGUUUGAAUGAGGCAGUUUUGAAGAUUGUUGCCAUUGUCAUCUGGUAUUUCCCCUUUGGUAUUGUGUUCCUGGUUGCCGGAAAGAUCUUGGAGAUGGACGAUCCUUCAGCCAUGGGGAAGAAGCUGGGCUUUUACGCCAUAACAGUGGUAAUGGGCUUGGUGUUGCAUGGUCUGUUCAUCCUCCCGGCCAUGUACUUCUUCAUUACUAAGAAGAGCCCCAUUGUUUACAUCAGAGGCAUUCUACAGGCCCUGCUCAUCUCCUUGGCCACCUCAUCCAGCUCUGCCACUCUGCCUAUCACCUUCAAGUGCCUCCUUGAGAACAAUCACAUCGACAGACGCAUCAUCCGCUUCGUGCUGCCUGUCGGGGCCACCAUUAACAUGGACGGCACCGCACUCUACGAGGCCGUGGCAGCCAUCUUCAUCGCCCAAGUGAAUAAUUAUGAGCUUGACUUUGGACAGAUCAUCACAAUCAGCAUCACUGCCACUGCAGCCAGUAUCGGAGCAGCAGGAAUCCCACAGGCUGGACUGGUAACCAUGGUGAUCGUACUGACCUCAGUGGGUCUUCCCACCGACGACAUCACUCUCAUCAUUGCUGUUGAUUGGGCUUUGGAUCGAUUCAGGACCAUGGUCAAUGUGAUGGGUGACGCCCUUGCCACAGGUAUCAUGGCUCAUAUCUGCAGAAAAGAUUUUGUCAAAGAGGGGGAGCAGGUGCCUCUGAUCUGCGAGACUAAACCCAUGAUAAGCAUCCAGCAGAUGAUGACCUACCAGAACCAGAAGAACGGCUGCUACCAGCCGCCUCCACCUGGCAGCAAACAGGACCACCUCUCCCCAGACGUGGCUCGCCUGAUCCAGCUCGAGGAGGGGAUUCGGCCAAUAGAGAAGAAGAAGCACGCUCACUCCUCUCAUCACAAGAGAGAGCACAGGGACAAGGACCACUGUUCCAUUGAUAUGAACGGGCUGGAGACUAACGUAUAA